AUGUCCAUCGAAGAAUACAUCGACCGUCAAAGUGACUACAUUUGGCGCAUCUCUCGGGCCGUCGACAAUUUGCGCAAGCUUGGUGAAGCAAAAAUCACUUAUGGGCAGGUGAAGUCGCGGCUGAACACGUUAAAUUCAGAUUGGAAUAAGUUCCAAGACACUCACGAAAAGAUUAUCGAACUCAAAGCCGGAGCCAAAAGUGAUCAACUCGACGUGAUCAAAAAGUGUUCGUACUUCGCAAAGGAUUACUACGGGCAGUGUAAAGAACAUUCUUCAAAUAGCGAAGGAACGAUGCUUGAUCUUCUCGAAUCGCUAUCGCCUGCGACUGCAGCGAUUGCGCAAAAUGCUGCAGCUACUCAAACCACAACUGCAGGUGGUUCAUCAAAACGGUUACCGCGCAUCGAAUUGCCCUCUUUCUCGGGCAAUUACUCUGAUUGGAAGCCUUUCCACGACCUCUUCACAUCGAUGGUCCGCGAAAAUUUGCAACUCUCGGAAGUGGAAAAGCCGCACUAUCUCAAAACUAGCCUUACUGGUGAGCCGUCGCAACUCAUCAAAAACACCGCGCUCACAACGGAGAACUUCCCUCGAGCUUGGGAAACUCUCGUAUCACGGUAUAAGAACAAGCGACUUCAGACCGAUUCUCAUCUCGCGACACUUUUCGCGAUUCCUCGUGUCGUGAAGAAAUCGUCAUCGGAACUCAAGAGCUUGCACAGCAACACCUGCGAAGCACUUGGUGUGCUCGAACUUCUCGAUAGUCCCGAGAAACUAGGGGAUCACAUCGUCGUACACAUGACGAUUCGCAAGCUCGACCCAGCAUCCCUCGAAGAAUGGGAAAAGAGUGUUAGCGAUAAACUCGAGCCCUCUACGUUCGCGGAGCUCAAAGCGUUUCUCAUCGGUCGCAUCCACACUCUCGAAGCCGUGGAGCAAGCUCAUGCUCACAAUCAAACCGCGAUGUCUAAACCACACUCAUCACAAGGAAGGACACGCCCUCAGCCGACAAAGUCACACACAGCGCAAUCAAAAGAACAAUCGUGUGCUUGUUGCAAGGCCAAUCACUACAUCGCGGUCUGUCCGACCUUUCGCGACAAAUCUCUGGACGAAAGAAGGGAAGUAGUCUCGUCGAAGAAGCUCUGCUUCAAUUGUCUCGGUCCGCAUCAGCAGAAAGACUGCCGAUUAACAAAAUUGUGUCGCGUGUGCAACGGUCGACAUCACUCUCUGCUUCAUCGAAACUCAUUCUCAACCUCAACAGCAGCCAGCAACGGCACUCCUCGCGGACAAGCUGCAGUAACGCAACCUGCAGUUCAGAACACACCCAGUGCGAAUGGCGUAUCUCAGGUGAGCAACCAUGCAGCUCAGCCUACGAUAAUUGAGCGAUAUCCAGUUCUUCUCGCGACAGUGCAGUUAAUCGCCUCAAAUCCGAAAACUGGAGAAAGGAUUAUCGCUCGCGCCUUGCUCGAUCAAAGAUCUGAAAGUUCUUUCAUCACAGAAUCUCUCGCGCAACAAUUGCAAUUACCUCGGCAUCAAGCAACGAUACCAAUCAUCGGUGUCGGUGCUCAACAAUCGGCAGUGACUCGCGGCAUCGCGGCACUGCAAUGA